AUGGACUUUCUCAUCCAGGAUUAUGCAUGCUUGGACCCCCGGGAGUGGCUGGGUGGCUUGGUAGAGUGUCUGGCACUAUAUGUUAGGAUGAUGGCUUCUUCGCUCCUGUUUCGGGCGUCGCCCAUCGACCCGGCCCUCCGUCCUCCCUCGCCGUCCAACGAUCCCAACUACAAUCAGUCUUCCUCGGCGGAGAGCAACUCCAGGCAGUCGACAACGGACGCUGUCGCAGGUGCAUCGUCGGCCUCUUCGCAAGCUUCCGGAACCGUCCCCGAAUUCAAUUCCCUCGAUAAAUCGAACCAUAGUCCCGGCAGCAGCGGCGGCUUCCCCAGCUCUCUAGGCCCUUCCUUGCCCGGUCUUUCGGCUUUGGCAUCGGUCGCCUCUGCUCCUACAUCGAAUCUACGGGCGUCUAGCGGCAAUGCGAAUUCCAACAUGGCCAAUAUGACCUAUGCAACCUCGUCUCCUGCCGCCACGACCGGUGGACAGGGAAACAAUCCGCCUGUGUGCCAAAAUUGCGGCACCUCCACCACUCCUCUCUGGCGCAGAGACGAACUCGGCUCCGUUCUCUGCAACGCCUGCGGCCUGUUCUUGAAAUUACACGGCAGGCCGCGCCCGAUAAGCUUGAAGACUGAUGUCAUCAAAAGUCGCAAUAGGGUUAAGACCGCUGGCCAGGGUCCAAAACGCAAGUCCACCGGCACUGUCGAUGCCAAUGGCCUACCUACCUCAAGAUCGGAAGCGGGCACUCCUCCGUUAGGCGGAUCUCACGGAUACCGUCGCGCGUCGCGCAAGGCAUCGCCGGGUCAUUCGGAUCGCUCCAACUCGCCAGUUCCGCGAACAGAAACCCCCGGCGCUUCGUCGAUGCACCAACCCCACGCGCAGACGCAACACAAUUCCAAUAUCGCUCCGCAGCAUAUGUUUGACAGUGUGACCCUCGGAGAGCAUGGGCUCAGCGCGUCCAAUGGCCUUCCAGCCACCCAGCUGCGCCAACCGUCUCCGACGGCAACUUCUGCCGAAGACCGACAUCUCGAGUCGCCUCAAACCUAUGAGGGAUUGCUCGCGGCAAACACGUCGCUCAAAACGCGUGUGAGCGAGUUGGAAUUCAUCAACGAACUUUUCCGAGGCCGAGUGACGGAACUCGAGCAGAGCAAUGCCGCUGCGCGCCGAUCCGAGAUGAUCGUUCGCGACUCGGAAGUGCGCCUCCGACGCUCGCUCGACGACUGUGAACGGCGGGAAGAUGAGCUGAAGCAACGCAUAGCGGAAAUGGAGCGCCAAAUCUCCGACAACAACAACAGUCCAGGCGAACCUUUGGCUAAACGCAUCAAACUGUCCGACGUGGUCGAUCAACCGGCCGAUUCGCCGAGCAAAUCGCCCAAGAGUAUCUAA